CUUAUAGGAUCAUAGACUCAUAGCGUAGCCAUUUUCAUUGCUCAAGCUUAUUCGUACAGCGGUACUCCCAUCCCGUCUCUGCCAUUCACGAGUAUUUCCACUAUUCUACAGAGAGAAUUUAGAGAGAGAGAGUUCUUCCAUUAAUGUGGCUUGUGAAGGAAGGUGAAGGCGGAGUCUAUGUAAGGUGUUGAGAGAAAGUUUUGUCGUUCUCCAUUGAGUCAGUGUGUUUUUGUUUAAGAGAAUGGGGAGAACGCCGUGUUGUGAGAAGGAAGGACUUAGAAGAGGUCGUUGGACGGCGGAGGAAGACGAUAAACUCAAAAAGUAUAUCGAAGCGAACGGCGAAGGUUCGUGGAGAUCGUUGCCAAAGAAUGCUGGGCUGUUGAGGUGCGGAAAAAGUUGCAGGUUGAGAUGGAUUAAUUACUUGAGAACAGAUUUGAAGAGAGGAAAUAUCAGUCCUCAAGAAGACGAAACUAUUCUCAAAUUGCAUACGACUCUUGGAAAUCGGUGGUCAUUAAUUGCAGGACAUUUACCCGGACGAACAGAUAACGAAAUAAAAAACUACUGGAAUUCACAUUUGAGUAAGAAAAUCUACAGUGACACCAAAAAGGAUUCUCCCCAAAAACCAACAACUUCAAAGCGAGGUCGACCAAACAACAAACAACAAACUGUUAUAGCAAAGAAGAAGAAGAAGAAGACGAUACCAAGCGAAGAAAGUUGCCAAUCUAAUUCUAUACCUGAAACCACCACCACCAACAAGCCUAAAGAAGAAGAGGAAGAACAUGCUACCACCAGCAGCAGUUCAGAAAAGGAACCAAGUAAAAAUGACCAUAAUAAUAAGAAUUCAACAACAAAGGAUCCAAAAAUAGAGGAAGAACAUUGGGAUUUUACGACUGAUGAUGGCGAGAAACUAGAAAAGGAGGUGAUAAGUACAAUUAUAGAGAGUGGGGAAUGGUUUUAUUCUGCAUGGCCUUCUUCAAACUUUAAUAAUGAAUGGAUGAAUUGGGACUGGGAAAGUGAUGGGGUUUUAGGUCAGAAUGUACAAGAGCAGCCAUCGUCUUGGUUUUGGGCUAAUAAUAGUAAUGAUAAUAAUACUAAUGGAGGAGAAGAAUGUCGUUGAAAAAAGUUGGCUUUUUUUUUCCUUCUUAGGGAGGAAAUUUCUAUCGGCCGUUUACAGCCUAUAGAAAUUUGGUGAUUUACCAAAUUUGAUGUAAUAAGAUCUAUAUUAUAUAUACUGUACUGAGAAAUGAAUGGAAGUUUAUUUUUUCUACUUGAAAA